AUGCUGACAGGUGUUUUGUUUGGUAAUUCAGCUGCUGUUAGUGGAUCAAUUUUUGGCCGACCAAUAUCUGGUGGUUUUGCUGCUCUCGCAGCUAAAGCUCAGGCCGAAGCUGCUGGAAAACCUGGAGAUAAAAAGAGUGAUUCAAAGGAUUUCUCGACUUUCUCGUCCUUUCGUCGAUCUAGUUCUCGGCCUGUGAGCCCGACGGAAGAAAAAGAUACAGAUGAGGAAGACGAAUUUGUGCCAACAGCGCAGUUCGAACCAAUUUUUCCUCUUCCGUCUCUUGUGGAAGUGAAAACCGGCGAAGAAGGUGAGGAGGUAUUGUUCAAAGCACGAGGCAAAUUAUUCCGAUUUAUUAAUGAGUCUGAUGAAUACAAGGAAAGAGGCAUUGGUGAUAUGAAGGUACUUUUCAAUCCCAAAACGUCAAGAUGCCGUUUGGUAAUGAGAAGAGAACAAGUUCUAAAAGUCUGUGCCAACGCUCCACUCCAUGCAGCUCUAAAGAUCACAAAGAAGGCGAAAACUGAAAAUGCUUGUAUGUGGAUGUGCCGGGAUUAUUCUGAAAGUGAAUCUGGUAUUGAUGAAUGUUUCGUUAUAAAAUUCAAAGAUGCAUCAAUCGCCGAUGAAUUUAUUAAAGUUUUCGAAAAGGCUUGUAAGGGUGGCUAUGUUAAAGAUUCCAAGGAAAAGGUUGAUGAAGAAGCAAAAACAGGAAUUUGUUCUUCGUCCUCAGCGAAGUUGGUAGGUGAAAACAAUGCGUCAAAGGCAUUAGACUCAUUUAAACAAUCUAGUUAUGACGAAUCGAAGGCAGUUGAAGAAGGCGAGGAAUAUGAUUAUUGUGAUGAUACUGAAGAACAUUUUAAGGAAGUGGCUUCUUUCGAAGCCACAUUUGUUAUCAUUGAUGCAUAUAAAUCUCCAAUGAAACCGACAAAGAAGGAAAAGUUCACUGGCACUUUGUUAAUAGCUGAGGUUGGCCAUAAGGGUCAUGAGGUUGUUGUUUUGGAAGACGAUAAAGUUCGUGUGUCGCACACAAUCGAGGAAGAAACUAAUUUCAAUUGCGUUGGCCCUAAAUCUAUGAAAUAUCUGGCUGUAGGUGGUUCUAGAAAUUGCGAAAUUGUUGUCGAAUUUAAAUCUCAGUCAGAUCGCAAGGAAGCUUUCGAUCUUAUCAAAUCCAUAGCGAAAUCUUCUAAAUAA